AUGGCUAAGAAUGUUGAGGCAUGGACCUUGCUGUCCUUGGCUCUUUUAAUAAUUAUCAUACGUAUAAUGGUACGAUGGAAGCUCGUUGGGCCAGCCAAUUUCCAACUUGAUGAUUAUCUUAUGCCAUUGGCGGGGGUCUUUUUUAUACUUGAAACAGUAGCGGCGUACCUUGUCGGUGCCAAAUUCCAGGGCCUGACGAACAGCUACAUGACGCCUGAGCAGCGAGCAGCGCUGGAUCCUAAUUCAACUGAGUGGUCCUAUCGUGUUGCGGGAUCUAAGAUCCAGAUUAUUGGGUGGUCAUUCUACGUGGCUAUUCUCUGGCUGGUAAAAUUCAGCUUAGCAGUCUUCUACUCUCGAUUGACGACUGGUCUCCAACACCUCCCCACCCGAGUCCGGCUGGGAUAUAUUAUUUUGGGUGUGACAUACAUCGCAGCAGCGUUGUCACUGCUACUGUCUUGCCAGCCCUUCCAUGCCUUUUGGCAGAUCAAUCCUGACCCCGGCAAUCUCUGUCAGCCAACCAAAUCCCAUGUUUAUGUCUUUGUCGUUGUCGUUCUCAACAUUAUCACGGACAUCUACCUUCUCUCAAUCCCGCUUCCCCUUCUUUGGACUGUCAACCUCAAUCUGAAACGAAAAAUCCCUCUCAUGAUUCUCUUUUCUGGUGCUACAUUUGUCAUGUUAGCGGGAAUUAUUCGUGCUGCUACGAUUAUGAAGUCUAGCCCCGACGGAGCUGAGUCCGGCUCCCAAUGGGCAUGUCGUGAAACUUUUGUUUCAAUCGUUGUUUCGAAUCUGCCCAUCAUCCAACCACUUAUUCGCAAGGGCUUCAGAAAAAUUGGUCUCUCCCACGUCUUCAGUUCCUCGGGAGGAAAAACAUCAGGACAGCCAUACCCGCUCUCUAGCCGAGGUCUGCAAACUUUGACAAACCGUGGCGAAGGCGAUACCAAAAAGGGCAAGACAAACGCUGCUGCGCCAUCGCAUAUGCAGGCAUCCGCAUGGGGUAGCGAUGAGCAUAUUCUAGCCGAGUCUGAGCCUACCUCCAAGGAUAUCACUGUUGUCUCGGAGACUGUCGUGCAGAGUGAACCAUGGACUUUCCAAGAAGGCUCUGGGGUGGGCAAUUCAUCAUCGCCCCCGAAGGAGUGGAACAGUCAGGUGUCGCAUCGAUGA